CGAUACAUAAUAAUUCGUUUAUGUCCUAUUCCAUAGGCCUAUACAAAAUUAAUAUUUAAGUGCAAUUUGUAGCUGAAAACUAUUCAGUAAUGAAAAUCUUUUAUUGUAUUUCUUUGAUCCUUUUUACAAGCGCAAUCGCCGCUGGCCGGGAUGAGUUUCACACUAAAGGAUUCUAUCCGAAACCAAGUAACAAAUUUGGCAGAGAUUACAAAGAAAUAAUUAUACAUGGGCAAAAGGCUGACAUUAGAGACUACCCUUAUCAAGUGAUAUUGUAUUAUAACAAUUACGCUAACUGCGGAGGGUCAAUUAUUGCAGAACAAUUCAUUCUGACUGCUGCUCGUUGCCUUCAUAAUAAGAAAGCAAACAAAUAUAAGGUCAAAGCUGGAGUAUCGAAUAUAGACGAAGAUGGACAAGAACGAAGAGUCGUUAAAGUUUUUAUACACAAAAGGUUUCAUUCUGAUCAACCUGACUUUGACAUUGGAAUUGUAAAGGUUGAUGAACCGUUUGAAUUCUCAAAUGCAGUGAGAAUAAUAAAUUUGCCUAAUGAUGAUCAAAGCGGUAAAGUGGGCGAUAUUGUAAUAAUAACAGGAUUCGGUCUUACUAAUGUUCUCGAAGCACCUGAAGACGAAACUGGUGACCUUUACUUCAUCGAUGUUCCAAUAGCAUCCCCGAAAGAAUGUUCUAAACACAUUAAAUCAAGCAAAAUGAAUUGUAUAGUUUCAAAUACGCCUCCAAGAGAAGAUGUUUGCUUCGGAGAUACAGGUGGGCCCGUGAUGAAAGAUGACUACCUCGUAGGUAUAGUUGCCUUUAGAUUUGGAUGUGAUAGAGGUGAGCCCGAGUAUUUUACCAAUGUGAUGUAUUUUCUUCAAUGGAUUCGCAAUAUUAUUUCGGAUAAUUGAUAAAUAUAUUUUACUUUGUUCCUGUAUUUACUUUCUAAACUGUAUUACACAAUAAAGUGUACCUAUUGCCUUA